CUCUCUUCACUGCGUAGGUAGGGCUUUACUCCCUUUAGUGCGCAUAGGGUUGCAGCCCAAGAGAUUGAGCCUGUGCAGCGUUGCAGGGUGGUCUUGUCCGUGCUUUUUCAGAAGUUAAGCCCCGUUGAAAGUAAAAAGGGACUCGCUUCCAAGUAAUUGUGUGCAAUAGCAUUGCAGUCUCAGACGCGCAGAGCGGUGGAGAGUAGGACUGCGAUGGUUCCCGUCCGCGUACCUCUAAGCUGCAAAGCCUAACCCCAUUUACCUGAAAACACUGGUCUGGACUGGACAGUAGAGGAAACAAGACUGUUAACGUGAUGGAAAAGAAGGCCAAAGUCAGUUCAAAGUUUAUAAAAACACAGAAACAGCCUAGUCAUAAAGGAGGUUCAGGUGGCCAGUUCGCUUCUCCGCGUCUGAUUGGGAAUCGCAGGAUCUUGUACUGUGUGACAUACACUUGGAACCGAGGUGGGAGAUUAAAAGAACUCCGUAUCAGACACCUGGCUAGGAAAUUCCUUUACUUGUGGAUGAAGAAGGCAUUUGGAAGGGUCCUCCCUUCUAGCGCCAGGCGCUAUUAUGAUCAGAAGAUACUGCGGAAAACCUUUGGAGGGUGGAAGGAAGAAUGGUGGGCUAUUUGGAAAGAAUGGAAGCUCACCAUCCGGGCUGACUGCCAUUACAGGUAUUUCCUGUACAACCUGAUCUUUCGGGCCUGGAAGUCCUACGUACUCCUGCAGCGAGAGAAGAAGGUGACUUACUGUGUUGCAGAUUCACACGCGGCAAAAAUGAAAACACUUUGGACGUGGCAGCGCUGGCUGAGCUAUGUGGAAUUGCGCCGGAUGAAGCGCCAAAUGCACUUGGAGGCCUUCAAGUUCAGGGGAAAUAGUGCCUUGCGUCUUGCAUGGAGGUUGUGGAGAAAGAGAUGGUCCCAGAAUCAAGUUGCUUGUGAAAUGGAUGGUCAGGCUCUACAGCAUUGGGCCCAAGGCUUACAGUUUCGUGCCUGGCUCAAAUGGAAGGAGCGCUAUACGUGCAUCCAAGAUGAGAGAAAGGAGGAGGCCAGGGCAGUGAUGCAUGAGCAGCACAGGGAGAUGUGGAGGGCCAUGAAAUCUUGGCAUGUCUAUGUGCAACUCCGAAGGGAGAAGGAGCACCAGGACAAGCUGGCCUUGCAGCACAACCGCACCCGGGUCCUCUUUCAGAGCUUCUCAAUGUGGCGUCUGACUUGGGAACACAAACAGCAACUGCAUGCUCACCAGGAGCGACUUGUUCAGCUGGCUGCGAGGGUCGCCUUGCGAAGAGUUUUGACACGGUGGAAGCAGUAUGUGACGUUGUGUGCCCAAAAAGCAAAGCACUAUGAACUUGCUGAACGCCACUAUAGAUGUCACCUGCUGCACUGUGGGCUGAGUGCCUUGCGUAAGAAUGUUACAGAAGCUUCUGUCAAGCAAAUGAGGAUAAACUUGGCUCAUCAGCAGCACCAAGUCAUGCUCUUGCUCAGGUUCUGGAAUGGAUGGAAGUCUCGUUUGGAACAGAAGGAAGAAGAGCAAUACCACUCCCUGACACUGUCAGCUCAUUCUCACUACAGGACUGUGCUGCUGCACAGGUGUCUUAAGACCUGGUCAUGCCAUGCCAACUGGAAAAGGCACAGAAAGCUGCAAUAUGCCAGAGCCAAUAGGCACUACGAAGGUGUGAUCUUGCCUGCCACUUUUGAGGCCUGGAAGCGAUUCAGGGAUCAUCAGUGCUGGUGGAGAAAGAUGAAGGGAAUCGCCGUGUGUUUCCACAGAGAAAUAUGCACAAGGCGAUGGUUUGAAAGGUGGCAGCUGAGAAAACAUGAGCACCAAGAGAACCACAUGGCAGAGGAAAUGGCUGUUCUGCACUCUGAGCGACGGCUGCUGUCCCAGUCCUGGUGCUUCUGGCGCAGGAGAACUGUGGUUCAGCUGGAAGAGCAUGAAGGACUGUCCUUAGCCAAAGAGCAUCACAGCCACCAAAUCCGGCAGACUGCUUUCUGUCUUUGGAAGGAGAACGUUCAGGAAAUAAAGGAAGGGAGGAUGAAGGAGGCCAGAGCUUCAAGGUUCCACUCUGUCAAGCUCCUGCGAUGGUCUUGGAGCAAGUGGCGACAGUUCUUGAGGCACCGCUCUGAGAAGUGGACAAAGCUGGUGAGAGCCGAUGUGCACCACCAGCAGGCUGUGCUGCACAGGGCCUUGUCAGCCUGGAAGGCUUACCAGAGUCACAUCCAGCACAUUCUGUCCCAAGUAGCCAAAAAGGAGGAGGAGCAUAAUCAGCGGCUGCUACGGCAGGCACUGUGCACCUGGAAGGAAAAUGCUGCAGAUUCCAAGCAUGAAGCUGAGAAGGCUACUCUGGCAGAAGAGCAUCACCGAAGAGCAUUUCUCUCAAAGGUUGUGCUCAGAUGGAGGGAUGCAGCCUCCUUGUGUGCGUACCAUCGUCAGCAGGAGGCAGCAGCUGUGAUGGAGGCCAGGAAGCAUUUGCAUGCAGUGAGGCUGCAGGCGAUGUUUCUUCGCUGGAAGGAGUCCUACGUUCAGUCCUCUAAGCAGAGAGGGCAGUUUGUCUUGGCAGCUCAGCACCAUGGGAGACAGCUGCUUAGCAAGUGCAUGGCCAGGUGGAAGCAGUAUCACCUCCAGUGUAUAAGGAAGAUGCUUCUGCAGAGACAAGGAGAUCAGCUGAUGGCCCGGAGGCUUUCUUCUACCUGCUUCUCAACCUGGAAGACACAGUUGGCUCACAGGCAGAGGGAGCAGCAGGAGACGAUGCGGGCGCUUUGGCAUUGGUCCAUGUCCCUGCAGGGCAAGGUGUUUGAUGCUUGGCUGGGAUUUGUCCUGGAGCAGCAGCGCAAGAAAGGUCGGAUCGAAAGGGCUGUGGAGAUUUACCGGGCUGAUUUGCUGCGGGAGGGUGUGACCCGCAUCCUGAGGUACACGGCUGGCAUGAAGGAAUUCCGAGGGCACUUGCAGGCCCAGCAUCAGGUGAAGAUUGCCUGCCACCGUCACCAGGCUGUCUACCGGUGCGCCAUGCUCUGGAAACUAAAGGCCCUCUGCCAGAAACCCAGCCUGUCCAUUCCGGGGGGCCCUCUCAAGAAGCGAGUGACAUUCCAAGUGCCAGUGCCUGCUGCAAUCUCAAGAGCCAGCAGAGAUCUUGGAGGGAGAACGAGCCUUCGUUCCAUGCCGAGGCCUGCACAGAGUGACCACCAGGCCCACAUUUUCCAGGCUUCUGGAGAUUCCAUCCUGACUGAGCUGCAGGCGGCCCGCCAAGGCAGGUUACAGCCACGUAAACCUGACUUUCUGCUGCAAUCUCUGGAGAGAGCAGAGCUGCCUGGUCCUGACUUGAAUGGACUAGAAAGCCUUGCUGGGGCUUUGCAGAAAAUGACUCCAAGCCACCCUCCUGCUCUGUCUACGGCCCUUUUGUCAUCUGCCCAAAGCAGUGUCCCUUCUCCACCCCACUUCAGCGGUUGCCCCUUCUCAGCACCCCCACUUCCUCAGGCUGCUCCAGUGCUGUGCACGCCCCCUUGGCCAGAUAGCACAGCCCUCCCAAAGCCAAACCCGGAGCUGUUGCCACCUUCCUCCUUCAUGACACGGAGAAGAGAGAGGCCAGGAAUGGUGAGUUUUCACACCUUGUUUGCUGCUUCAUGCAGUGGUAGUGCCGUGGCCUUACACUCACUUGAUCUGCCUGAGUCAAAUUCCCAGGCCUGUUUUGGGUUGACCACAUUGCAGCACUACUUGCCAGUCGAGCCUUCCACAAGCCCUCCAGGACCAACCACUGGGAAGGAAAAAGUGCUGGCAGACCCAAGGGCAGAUUUCCUCCUGCCUGAAGAUUUUGCAAGGAGAGAGAGCCCUCCUCCCCAUCCCACUUGCAGAAGGGCAGGAACCAAAGAACCAGAAAAGGCAACAGAGGGUUUUACUAAGGAGGCACUGGCAGUUCACAAACAGCUGGGAACUGAGCUCCAGGUUAUUGGAAAGAAAAUGCAACUCUACCACCACAAUCAGCAGGAGCUGAAGUCCUGCCAGCGGCAACAGCGCAUUCUGCUUAAGUGGCUGGAGAUGAGACCAGGGGAUGAAGAACAGGUGGCUGUGCGUCAAGUACAAGAAGAGUUGGAUCAGCUGAAAGUGAAGAUCAGUUCCCUCAAGCACAUACUGGGAGAAGAGCGACAGCUAAUGGAGUCCUACGUCACACGUGUCCAGGAUAUUCGAGCGGCUCUUAGCACUUAAGCAUCUUGGACUCACUUGUUUGCAUGAUAUGCAGUGGGAUGGCUGGACGUUGUCCCUUUGCUAUGCGGGAGGUGGGUGGGGGGUGGCAGAGGAGCCUCCACCCUGUUAGCUGAACAAACACUGGUGGAGGCUGCAAUCCAAUAUAACAGAUUUACCUGGGAGUAAGUAACAUUGACAUGCACAGGAUUGUACUGCAGGUAGUUAGCAUGUCUCUCUACAGCAGUCAAAUGCUUUCUUUUAAAAAGUCAGCCACGGUAAGUCAUUCGUUUUUAUUUUAAAACGUUUGCAAUUAAUGAGUUAAUGUCCUUAAGUUGUACAUUUUGACAUACAAAAAUACUGUGCUACUGAUACAGUUGAAAAAUUAAAUGGAUUCUCCGUGCAGGAGAAAUUCACAGCGUCA